UUCGACUAAUUUGAUAUUUCUAAUCUCUUAUUUCUUUCUCGCGAUAUUCGCUAAAGAGUGAGAGUACAUAAUAGAUAGAUAGGUGUAUGUAUUAUCGAAAGAACGGCCGACAAACAAAAGUAUUAACUUACUUAGGUUCUUCGACGAUGUUGAAAGGAAAAAAAAAUAUUUUGAAUUAAGAUAAAUACGAAUAUAUCCCAACCCUUGCUUGGAAGUAGGACUCCUAGAAAAAAAAAAAAAAUUAGAAUGAUUCGCGGAAUCUUUUCGAUCCAUCGAAUGAGCAGCUUCUUUCCUGGCACGAACGCUGAGAAAAUGAUCCUGGGGACUUGGGUAGGCGAUGAUACAUUUUCUCUCUCUCUCUCUCUCUCUCUCUCUCUCUCUCUCUCUCUCUCUCUCUCUUCGCACGAGUUUAGGGAGACUCAUUUAAUCGCACACGACUGAAACGUUGAUGCAUCCACACAGAAACAUUUUCUGCCCCUCUACUACAAGUCUCGUCCCGUUGAGAAGCUCGUAGUGGAGUGGUAGGCGUGGUCUUUGGAUAACUCGUGUAGCAUUCGCUUAUAUGUCUACGUAUCUAUAUGUGUACACACGCAUGAAGGCACGCACGGGCGCGCAGGUGAGAAGAGAGAAACCCGACCAGGUAAGGGGAAGCUACCGGCGCGGUGGGCCGACAACACGGCGCGCACGCCACUACGCGAGACCGUUCGUACCCUCCGCGACUACACCGGGGUCAGUCAGGGUCCUGCUCUUAGCCAGGACACUCCAAGACCUUGCGCACGCGGACGACACCGGGUGGCGAGUAAAGAAAAAAGAAAGGGGGAGAGAGAAAGAGAGAGAGAGAGAGAGAGAGAGAGAGAGAGAGAGAGGAAGAAAUAGAAAGAAAAUUUGGCAUUUUUUCAUUUAAAAUUUGUACAUCUUUCUCUCGCUUUCUUUGCCGCACCUUUAGCGACAUAGUAAAGCGACACUCGAUGGUAUAAUUUUGGUGUUUGUUCGCUAUACCUUUUCGACUUGGUUCGUCGAAUCAAUCCCGAUCGACCGGACAAAUUUGCCCGACCUGGGUCAACCACGUGGUAACACUCUAUAGAAUCUCGCUUCUCUCCGGAGGAAAGGAACGCAAAGAAUAAAGGAUAUUCGAUAAAGUCUGCUCUUACACGCUCAUUGGAAACACAGUUUCUACGAGUUUUCUGAGAGAGUGCGAGCCAAAAGUUGGACGAACGUUCAACGUUUAUACAUGAGUGGAGAGAAAUAGCCCUGAUCCCGUUGCCGCUGCCGCUGCCGUUGAGAUUGCGAUUAGGAACGUGAUGUGUGAAGCGGUACCGCGAACUUGGCACAUGAAACCGGAACUUCACAGCGAUCCUGUAGGAGUUCCGGUGGGAGCUCUAUCACCUCCGGCCACUCUAUCGCCUCCCAGUAGCCCCAAUGUGACGUUACCACCCUCUCCUUGGAGCCCAGGCGCUCCGGGCAGUAGCGCGAGCAGCGUUGCCUCUACGAAUCUUCCCUCUAGCUUCUGCGUACCUGUUCCGGAUCGUUUCAGCGCCUUUACUCUCGUGUCCGGAUAUGGUGGUUCGGACCUACGACUACAAAAUUUACCCCAUGCCGCGAACGUAGCUGCGCGAGAGAUGCGUUGCGGUCUGAUGUACAGCGGUUACGCGACGUCCGGGAGCACUUGGUGGGCCCGAAACGUAGGCUUUCUGUUGCCGCAUUCCCUUCUACCGCCGUUAAGAAUUCCAGCUCAGCAGACGACACCGGUCGCCAAUUGUUCGCCCAUCCAUCCGGAACCUCUUAGCCCGGUCAAACCCGGUUCGCCAAGAUGCGCCGCGGAAAAAGCUGCAAUCGAGGAAGAAGUACCUCUGAAUCUUAGCACAAAACCAAACGACGUCUCAUCGAAUAUCACCAGGAAAAAUGAAAUCUGGUCACCUGGAUCAGUUUGCGAAAGAGAGGCCAGAGAAACGAAAGCACCGUCUUCUAGAAAUCCUUUGGCGACUUCUAUAAUCAACAGGCAAAUUCACCAUUCACCCCUCACUCCACCAUCGUCGUCCGAAAGAAGCUUUCAGUGCAAACAAUGCGGGAAGGCAUUCAAACGGUCGAGCACGCUCAGCACUCACCUUCUAAUUCACUCCGACACGAGACCCUACCCCUGUCAAUAUUGCGGCAAGAGGUUUCAUCAAAAAUCGGACAUGAAGAAACACACAUAUAUUCACACCGGUGAGAAGCCCCAUAAAUGCGUGGUAUGCGGUAAAGCGUUUUCGCAGAGCAGCAAUCUGAUCACUCAUAUGCGCAAGCACACGGGCUACAAGCCAUUCCAAUGUGGCCUCUGCGACAAGGCCUUUCAAAGAAAGGUCGAUCUUCGGAGGCAUCGAGAAGGUCAGCAUCCAGCGGCGCCGGCGUUAGACUAUCGCUCGCUUCAGGUUGCGUCGACUGGUGUCGGUGAACAAAGUGCCAUUCAACGUAACAACACCCGGCAACCUCGGUGCACGCCAUCACCACCACCACCACCGCCGCCACCACCACCACCACCGCCGUCGUCACAAGCAACGAUACAACCACCAGUACAGCCGCUCUCUGGUACCACCGCCAGCGGCAGCACAGCCCCGUACAGAACGAUACCGGUUCCGGGUAGCAGCAGCAGCAGCAGCAGCAGCAGCAACAGCAGCAGCAGCUGAGAUUCGUCUCACCGACCGCCCUUUCCUUCUUGCAGGUGUACGCACGAUUCCAUGCAGGAUCACCGAACGCGCGCGCCAAGCGUCGCACUAUGAUUCGACCACACUUCUUAUUUAGUCUCACACCUUUCGAAUCUCUGCCUUGUAAAUAGUCCACGACGAAUUGCUGCUGCUAAACGGAGAUACGAUUGAUUACGAUUAUUUACAAGAAAGAAUUUCAUUCUUUCGUUCAUUAUCGUGUCCAACAGUAUAUAUAUACAUAUAUAUAUAUACAUAUAUAUAUAUAUAUAUAUAUAUAUAUAUAUACACAUAUAUAUAUAUAUAUUUCGAAUAUGUACUUUAGAUGCUUGGGAGACGGAGAAAAUUUUUUGGACUAUCUCUCGAACGUUGGUGAGUAAAGUUUAAAUAUAUCCAAUCCUUUGAUCGCGUUAAUAUACGACAAUUUUUUGGAAAAGAAAAGAAAUGAAGAGAGAAACGAAAAAAGGAGGGGGGGACAGAGAGAGAGCGCGCGCGAUGUUUUAUCGAUCGUCCAACGCUUCAAUUUCUUCGCGUAGAUAUGUAUGCACGCGUCAACGAGCCUCUAACAAAAAGUAUUCGGUGAACAUAAUAUAUUAAAAAGCUCGAAAGAAAACAAAGGUCCCUAAAGUAAAAGUGUCAUUAUCCUAAAAACAAUGGUACAAAUUUUCUGUCAUUCGUUCGUCGUUGCGCUUCUUUCAUAUCGAUCGACGCAUUAACGUUGAUUAUUCUCGUGACGAAGAGACAACAUAUGCUGUCUCUUAAACGGUAUUUUCUCGCAAGACUACUCCUAUGUAUUACAUAAUAAAUACACGGGUUAAUGUGAAAUAAAGAAGGAAAAGAACAAACAAACGGAUCAAGAACGAAAAUGGAAGCGUAUUAUCGUGAAACUCGAACAACGAAAUCGUCGUAAAAGCAGAUUCGCGUGUACAACUGGACGGGACGGAUGGACGCUAGAUCGGCUCGAAAUAACACGCGAAUACUAAUGUAUUCUUCUUUGACGUUGCGUUUGAUUUUGAAUAGGGAGACCAUGGAUCACGCGUCUAUGACUCUUUAUGUCUUUUCGUGCUUGUCUCUUCUCCAUCAGCGCAAACUCAUCGAGGGAAACGAACACACGCGAUAGUAAGUAAAGUAGCUUUCUCUCUCUCUCUCUCUCUCUCUCUCUCUCUCUCUCUCUCUCUUUCUCUCUCUCUCGCUUACUCGCUUCGGAUUCAACUUUCACACACAAAAUUUGCCAUUAUAUUGAAUUUUUAAACAAUUACUGUACAUUAGUGUUUGCGCUCUUUUAAAACGGCAAAGCUAUAGCGGAAGAAGACAUUUUUCUAUUAAUCGGAACGUUAUAAAUGUCUUUACUCAUUGCGAACGAAUCUAUCUAAUAACGAAUAUCUGAAGAAAAAUAGAAAUAAGGAGUUUUAGAAAAGAACGUUGUUACCGAAUCGGUGUUCCAUUCCCGAAUGUUGCUUUGUUUGUUCUAUUAAUUUAUACGUAUUUACUGUCUUGACGAUAAUUCGUGUAAAAUUGUAAACGGCAUAAUGAACUCAUGACUUUAUUUGUGUCGGGAUAUCUAUCGAAAUAUUAUACAUAUAUAAAGAAAGUUUGAAUAAAAUACAAAUUUAUAUAUACUAUUUGUAGAAAAUUAUAUUAUAAUGUAGCAAAGAUUAUUCAUGAAUGAAAUAACAUGAACCGUCCACUCGUUUCGUUGAUUCAUUUGUAUGUGUGCGUGGAUGCGUGCGUGCGUGCGGUUAUAUAUAUAUACAUAUAUGUAUAUAUAUAUAUAUAUAUAUAUAUAUAUAUAUAUAUAUAUAUAUACAUAUAUAUAUAUAAAAUAUGUAUUUUAUGCUUAAGCGAAAAUUUAUUAUACAAAUAUGACACGCAUCUAGAGAUGUGUACGCAGAUGGCAUCAAGAACGUCCAAUGCCCUGAUUAAUGCAUUUUGCCUGAUUUUGACAAAUUUUAUGAAUUUUAAAUAAGAAUCAAACAACUUAUCCUACAUUUAAUUAAUUUCUCCGCAUUAUCUGAUACACGUAAAUACCUAAAUGAUGAUUUUCCUGUUGCCAUCGUAUAUAAUAGAAAAUUAUUUAUUUGCUACUAAUAAUUCAUAUAAAUAAAUAUCUAUUUGGACGCAUAGAUAUUCCAAAAUAAAAUGUUUAACGGUAUCAAGAUAAAAUAUUAUUAUGAUUUCAUCUUAUAAAAUCUCAUUAGUUAUUAUUUUUCAUAUAUUUUAAAUAUUUCAUUUAAACGAUCGUUUCUUUUUUAUUCCCAUUAUAUGUAAGUAUGCUCUUGAAAGAUCGUGUAAGUGAUUAAUACAAAUGAAUAUUAUUAAUAACAUAGAGCGCUCUUUAUCUAUUACUUGUCAUAGUCUAUCAAAGCCAAAGUCGUACGGUUAGAGAGAUUUUUUUGUACCGGUAAAUAAUUCAAUUUUGGAAGCAGCGAGAAUGAAACAGACAUUAGAUCGUUUCAUCAUUUCUGCCGUAAUUUCUACGGACGCGAAAAAAGUUUUAUCAUUUUGACGUAACAUUUCUGAUAUACGACAGAAAUUAUGCAACGAUCUCAUAGAUUUUCGCUGUAGGUACACACACACACACACACACACACACACACACACACACAUACACACACAUAUAUAUAUUUGCGAAUUGGUGAUAACAAGUGCAAAAUUUGAUGGCGAAAUAAAAAUGGAAAGAAGAACUUUCGUAUGGUCGAUUGUAUAGUACCGAGAAUGUAUGAAAAAAGAAUACAUAUAUAAAGUAGGUAUAUAAGCGUGCAAAUGUACUUUUAACGAUCGAUGCACAAUUAUUCGUACAAAUACGUGAAUUUUAACUAACGAUACUUAACCUUUUACGCAUCUGUACAUUUUUUCCUCUUGUGUCCACGUUUCACUAUAAUCUGCAUCUCGUACAUUUCUGCUGUAUAUGUAUGGUACAUUUGAAAAUUUCUAUAUAUGUAAGUACUUUUGAAUUUCUUUACGAAAAUAGAUACCCAUACACACACACACACACACACACACACACACACACACACACACACUCGCGCGCGCGCGCGCGCACUAUGCGAAUAAUUCUCUGAAAUCGAUUGUAAAAAAUAUAAAAAAAAAUCGAAACGCGAAAAGCUUCACAUUUCGAAAUUCGUUGUAUAAGAGAAAAAUCAUAGCGGCUAGAGGACCAAAGAUAGUAUAAACUGGACCCGGCUGAUUGGUAAUCUUCGGGUUUUUUGUAAAGAAAAUAAAGGAGAUGGUUUGAAAAUGGUUAUUUGUACUUUGAAAGUACUUUUAAAAACCCGAAACAAAAAUCAAAGCCUUCGGUCCUUCUUACGCGCUAGUAUAAUUAGUAUAUUAAGAGUAUAUUUACGAUCGGAUCGACUUAAAGUCGAAACCGAGUAAAGUGCUCGGCCAUUGCUUGUUUAUGAGCGAAUCUAUGAUAAUGGGUACGGUAUCGUCGUCACUGCUUCGAAAUUUCUUCUUUUCCUUUUUUAUCCUUAAGGAGAAUUCAAACGUGUGUUGAGACGCGUUCUUUAUAUGCGAAUGAUCGUUUACAGUUACUCGAUAAGAAGAUAAACAUAAGAGAAAUCAAACCAAUAGAUAAAUAAGUAUAUCAUUCUGUCGUGUAGAAUAUGUAUGCAUGUACGCGUGUAUGUUUGAGAGCGAGAUAAUAUGAAAAAAAAAGAGAAAAAGAAAAAAAGAAAAAAGAAGAAAAGGAAAUAGACGGUAGAUGAGCAAAUUUCACGAGAUGAAAGAAUAAGUGCAAGUACGAAUGGAAAAAUUGCAUUAGUUGAUAAACCAAAAAUAUGUUUAUUAUUGCUAAAAGAAGAUAUUGAUUGAAUAAAAUGUUUUCUUAUAUGUU